CUUGAAAAAAAAUUAAGAAAUGAAAAAGGUUUUAUUGAAAAGAAACCGUGAAGAGACAGGUCUUUCUUCACACAAUUCUCAUCAUCAGCCAACAUCAAGAAGAGAUGAUAAACCAUCAUCAUCUAAUGAUGGAGAAUUUAAUCUUCCUUCACGCUAUUCUCACCCAUCAACAUCAAGAAGAGAUGAUGAGACAGAAUCAUCUGCAGAUGAAGAAGAAUUUAAUCAUCCUUCUCACACAAUAUCACAAACAACAGAAUUAUGGCAAACAGUAACAGCGUUCGGAAAAAGAGUAUUUACAGGAGCACUUAUCAACCUUGAAAACAGUAAGAAACUUAAAACUUUUUUUAAACAUAAAGAAACAUUAGUUAGGGGUAAAAUUAUGGAGUACUUAUCAUUGCAUACUCUAAUUAAAAUUUCGCUUGCUAUAAAAUGUGAUUUUAUAAUCAGAAAAGCUGAUGCAGAAGUUGUUGAUACUUUUCCUUUUGCAUUAAAACUUUCUUCUUUUGAUCAUGCAUCUGAUUUUAAGACGUGGUAUAAUGAAUCAUUAAAAAAACUUGAAGCAAGAUUGGAAGAUUUUCAGUCAAGAGGAGGUAUUGAAUUUCCAGUAAAACUAAAAGACAUAAUCAAAGUUGAAAAAAACAAUGACUUUUCGAUAAAUGUUUACGGAUUAUCUGACUCGCAUAUUGUUAAUGGACCUUUAUAUUUAACUAGAGAAAAGAAAGAGAAACAUAUAAAUUUACUAAUGAUCAGUGAUGGAACUAAUUUUCAUUAUUGCUUAAUUAGAAAUUUAUCAAGACUCUGUUCAUCUCAAAUAUCAAAACAUAAAACAUCUCACCACAUCUGCGAUAGAUGUCUUCAAUAUUUCUAUGAAGAGCGAAAAUAUAUUGAGCAUUUAGAACUUUGUCGAAGCAUUAAUAAUGUAAAGAUUGUUUUUCCUUCAGAAAAAGAUUCUAAACUGAAAUUUAAAAACUAUAAUCGUAAAUUAGCUGUUCCCUUUGUUAUUUACAGUGAUUUCGAGUGCAUAUUAUCUAAAGUAGAUGAUGAUGUUAACAAUAUUUCAAAUACAACCUAUUUCCAACAACAUAUAGCAUACUCUGUGGCUAUUCAAGUUGUUUGCUCCUAUGAUUCAAGCAAAAAUCAAUUUUUUGCUUAUAGAGGAGAAAAUGCAUCAAAAUGGUUUAUUAAUAAAUUAAGACAAAUCGCAGAUGUUAUUGAGGGAAUAUAUAAAACUAAAGAACCAAUUCGCAUGACUGAGGAAGAUGAAAUAUCAUUUCAAUUAUCUUCGGUUUGCCAUAUCUGUGAGAAACCUUUUCUAGAAAACGAUAUUAAGGUUCGUGAUCACUGUCACUUAAAUUCUUCGACAGUGAAUCCUUUAUCAAAUUACAGAGGUUCUGCACACGAAAGUUGCAAUCUUAAAUUCUCUCUUCCAAAUUUCAUACCAGUAAUAUUUCAUAACGGAUGCAACUAUGAUUUUAAUCUAUUUAUUCAUGAACUUGGUUAUGAUGAAGGUGAAAUAAAAGCGAUUCCUAUUAAUAGCGAGAGAUACAUUUCUUUUUCAAAGGAAAUGAAUUCAUUACAUGUGAGAUUUAUCGAUUCAUGUCGAUUUAUGCAAAGCUCACUUGAUAGCUUGGUUAAAAAUUUUGAUGAAACUCAAUUUCAAAUACUUGAAAAUGAAAUCGGAGCAACCCAUCCCCAUUUGGAAUUAUUAAAACAAAAAGGAAUUUUCCCAUAUGAUUAUAUUACUGGUUGGGAUAAGUUGGAAGAAAACAGUUUACCUGAUAAAAGGGAAUUUUAUAAUCAACUAACAGAUAGCAAUAUAACAGAUGAAGAAUAUGCACAUGCUAAAGAUGUUUGGAGCAAAUUUAAUAUAAAUAAUUUAGGUGAAUAUGCAGACCUGUAUUUAAAAUGUGAUGUGUUACUUUUAUCAUGUGUUUUCGAAAAUUUUCGUGAAAUUUGCUUAUCAACAUAUCAGUUAGAUGCCGCAUACUAUUAUACAAUCCCUGGGUUGACCUUUGAUGCAAUGUUAAAAGUCACCCAGGUUGAGUUGGAUUUAAUAACAGAUAUCAACAUUCUAAAUUUUGUAGAAAAUUCUAUUAGAGGUGGUUUAACCGUUUCAGUAAAAAGAUAUGCUGAAAGUAACGUUCCACAUUCACAUGAUUAUAAUCCAAAUUUACCGGAAAGUUAUAUUGUUUAUUUAGAUGCAAACAAUCUCUAUGGAUUAGCCAUGUCCCAACCUCUUCCAAUAUGUGAUUUUAAAUUUCUCUCUCCUCUGGAAGUACAGAAUUUUAAUAUCAAUACUGAUGUGAAUGGAGAGUAUGGCUACUUCUUAGAGCAAGCAUUAAAAUAUGGCUUAAAAUUAACUGCUAGACACAGAAUUUUACGUUUUCGUCAAUCAUUGUGGUUAAAAAAAUACAUUGAUUUGAAUACAGAGAAGAGAACUAAUGCUAGGAAUUCUUUCGAAAAAGACUUCUUUAAAUUAAUGAAUAACGCAAUGUUUGGUAAAACUAUGGAAUCUGUGCGCAAAAGAAGAAAGUCCUCGAAGAGAUCAUUCAAACCAAAUAGUUUAUAUUUGCGUCGAGGGAAAUUUACUCUUGCUGGUUUAUGA